UUUGUUUUAUGAUUUUCUCCAUCAGUUGAAACUUAGUGAUGAGCCAGAUGUGUUUGAUCCGAAGGUGUGCGAAAAAGAAUUUAGGAAUGCUUGCUUACAAAAUCACAUUUGAAAAUCUGACCUGGUAAGUUCUUAUCUUGUUCCAUCUUGCAUUAUUUUUCUAUUUUUUUACAUUUUUUUCUAAAUGCAUUUUCUGGUUCUGCUCUGUUUUGAUGCAUUGCAGCUAUUCUUCAUGGUUGUACACAAAAAGCACUGGGCAGUAGUAUUUGUUAACAUCACCCAAAAGGAGUUCAAUAUCUUUGACUCCAUCAGGAACUCGGAAGACCUUUUUGAGAUGGACAAGAUCACUAAGAAUGUGGUAAUGCCCCUGUUGGAGUUUGGCGCAACAAAUCUUUUCCUUCUUUUUGCUUUUCCACACCGCACACUUACUCAUGCAUUUCGUUUGUCCAUUUUUCUCGGGUUUGAUCAGGUCGCAAACGUCAAGAGUGUUGCAAUGAGGGAGCCACUUUUUAAGCACAAUCUCGAGUCUUACUCGCUAUUCACCCCACUUGAUUACCCUCAACAAAAAACUUACUAUAACUGUGGCUACUAUAGUAUUUUAUACGUGGAGAAUUGGGAUGGCCUUGUUAUGCUGUCAUUUGGCGAGGAUUACAUCCCAAACCUUCGGAAAUGCAUUGCAGCAGAUCUGUUGAGACACCCAAGCAACAAAUUGGACCCCGCGCAGCAGCUGAAGCUGCUUCUUCAGCGUUAG